UCGUUAAUCGUCUAACCCUAUGUUAAAACCGAUUAAACGAGGUAACAAACGUUGCACCCAGUGGGAGUUGUGAAGCUUUGUUUGUUUUCAUCGAAAAAUUUCCAGUAGUAUUAUUAGUAUUUGGCGAGUGGUUUGCUCUGUUUUAAAUCCUCAGAAAUUCCAACGUCUUCACUUAUGUCGUCCAAGUUGAAAAUAAGCCAGGAAUGGAAGAAAAGGGUGAGGGCGGAGUUGAUGAAGCUGAGGCAGAUAAAACGUUUCAAAAAAGCCGACGAGAUAAAAGUGGCCUGGAACUUAAACAGAAAACUCAUAGACGAUGUAGUUGCUGAGGAACAGAGAAAAUGGUUGAUGAACAGCAAGGCUUAUUGGGAAAAAAAGACGGUUCAUGAACCGCAUUCGAGGUGCAUGAAAGAGGUACAAGUGCUGAGGUCUGACAACGUUUAUUUAAAAGGAAGGAUUAUCAUCAUGAAUGCAGUCACUCCGAUCCCUACGAUGUACACGUGGGCUCCCAUCCAACAGAAUUUUAUGGUCGAAGAUGAAACAGUUUUACACAACAUUCCGUACAUGGGCGAUGAAAUUUUAGAACAGGAUGGCACCUUUAUUGAAGAACUGAUAAAAAAUUAUGACGGGAAAGUUCAUGGUGACAAAGACACAGGGUUUUUAGACGAUUCUCUCUUUGUUGAAUUAGUAAACACAUUGAUCCAGUAUCAAGUAAAAGAUGAGGAAGAAGGGCUUGCAAUGAAGGACGGGGAAGACGAGAAGAAUAAAGAGCUCAGAAAGUGGUCUUCACUUUCAAAAGGAGAGCCUAAACCAUUCCCUUGCCAGGUUAUAUUUGAAGCAAUAUCCCAGAUGUUCCCUGACAAAGGGACUGCAGCUCAAUUACGCGAAAAGUAUAUAGAAUUGACAGUGAGGUUAGACCCGACGGCGUUACCUCCGCAUUGCACACCAAACAUCGAUGGUCCAAUAGCGCAAUCUGUUAAAAGGGAAAAGACUCUGCAUUCUUUCCACACUCUGUUUUGCAGAAGGUGUUUUAAAUAUGAUUGUUUCCUUCAUUCAAUUCAUCACGGUGGGCCUUAUCUGAAGAAAAGGAAAGGGCCCGAGUUGAAACCCUUCACUGAACCUUGUGGACCCGAUUGUUAUAUACAUUUGGACGGGGUGAAGGAGAAACUUGCUGAAAUAUCUGCAGCUGCCGCAGCCAAUAAAGACGAAAAUCAAGAUGAGCCUUCUUGCUCGUCAGUGAGUUCCAAUAAAGAUUUGAAAAAUGAACCUCAAGAUGACGACAAGCCUCCGGGAAAGGUCAGAAAGCAAACCAGUGUUGAUUCAGGAAACGAGGCUAGCUCUGAAGACAGCAACGACAGUAAAGCUCACAUGUUUUCAGAUGUAAAGAGAGAGGACAAUGAAGAGACCGAACCAACAUGCAGCCUGUUUUCACUCCGUAACAACACAGGGGACGAUUCGAGAGAGUGGACCGGGUCCGACCAAUCCCUGUUCAGAGCCCUAUACAGGGUUUUCGCACGGAACUUCUGUGCUAUCUCACAGAUCAUGCUGACAAAGACAUGUCAGCAGGUGUACAAUUUCUCAUUGAAAGAUCCCUCUACGCCCCACAUUGAUGCAGAGAUAGCUGAGUUCACACCACCACGAAAGAAGAAGAAGAAGCAUCGCCUCUGGUCUGUUCACUGUAGGAAAAACGCGAUGAGGAAAGAAGGCAACAACCACGUUCAUAAUUACACGCCUUGUGAACACCCUCCUGGCGUUGCCUGUGAUAACCUCUGCCCAUGUCAAGCAUCACAAAAUUUUUGUGAAAAGUACUGCCAAUGCAGUUCAGACUGCGCCAAUAGAUUUCCGGGAUGUCGAUGUAAAGCACAGUGCAACACUAAACAAUGCCCUUGUUAUCUCGCUGUUAGGGAAUGCGACCCAGACCUCUGUCAAACCUGUGGAGCUGAUCAAUUCGAUACACAAAAAAUCACAUGUAAAAAUGUUAGCGUCCAAAGAGCUCUACAUAAACAUUUACUUAUGGCUCCAUCGGAUGUCGCCGGCUGGGGGAUCUUCCUCAAGGACUCGGCUCAGAAGAACGAGUUUAUUUCCGAGUAUUGCGGCGAGAUAAUAUCACAAGAUGAGGCGGACAGGAGAGGAAAGGUCUACGACAAGUACAUGUGCAGCUUCCUUUUCAAUCUGAACAACGAUUUUGUGGUUGAUGCAACUAGAAAGGGAAAUAAAAUACGUUUUGCAAAUCAUUCUAUAAAUCCAAACUGUUAUGCUAAAGUCAUGAUGGUCAACGGUGACCACCGUAUUGGAAUAUUCGCCAAAAGGGCCAUUCAACCUGGCGAGGAACUCUUCUUUGAUUACAGAUAUGGGCCUACGGAACAGUUGAAAUUUGUUGGAAUUGAAAGGGAAAUGGAAUUUUUAUGAGAAAAGGUCAACAUAGAUCCCGGAGAAGGGACGUCCAAAAAUGACUCUUAAUUCAUUCACCACUGUAGGCUAGUAUUUUUUUAAAUUUGAACUCUGUCGACAUUAAAGGCUAUUACUAUUUUGCAAAAAUAAUUUUGUAAACAAAUUGGUGGGGAAGUGAUGGUAAUGAAAUAGUACACAUCCUUUUUCAGUGCCUUUCAAAUUUUAUUUUAUUAAUCUAAGUCUUCCAAGUCAGUAUAUAAAGGCCAGGCUUACAAAAAAAAAAAUAGUUUAGAGUUUUCUAUAUCAUCACAAAAUAAUCACUGUUGUUAUAAGAUACAUUAGAAUAAUUUAUCACGAAAUAUUUUGUAUAAAUUACUAAAGAACUAUUCUGUAAGUUGUAUCCAUGGAUAAAACUGUAUUCUUUUACCCUUAUGUUUUUAUUCAAUUUAAACUGUUAGAUUUUAUCGCUGGAAUGGGAUUUACUUGUUCAUUGUAUGAGUUCAUGUAGCUUCAUGUAUUGAGAGUUGGACAGUAAUUUUUAACUAGAAAUAAUUUUAAGAGAUGUAGAAUCAAAUAAAGUUGUUUUCAAUUAUUUUUAAA